AUGGAAGGUUCCGGUAACGGUUUCGGUUCUGGUUGGUGUGAGGACUAUGACAACGCGUCUGCUGUGGAUCAUUAUCUCUUCAGCCGCUCUGAACUGAUCGUCGUCACGACACUGUGUGCGCCGCUGCUACUGCUGGGGCUGCUGGGUAAUAUUCUCACCAUCCUGGUGGUGUGGCUCCGCCCCCAGAUGAGAAGCACCACCUACCUGUACCUGAGCAGCAUGGCCGUGUCCGAUAUUCUAAUGCUGGUACUGAUGCCCCUCGACCUCUACAAGUUGUGGUGGUUCCGGCCGUGGUUGCUAGGCGAUGCGGUCUGCAAACUCUCCCAGUUUGUGAGCGAAUGCUGCACGUUUUCGUCCAUCCUCCAUAUGACGGCGUUGGGGGCAGAGCGUUACCUGGCCGUCUGCUUUCCUCUCAGGGCCCGCCUCCUGGUGACGCGGGGGCGCGUACGAGCGCUCAUUGCCGCGUUGUGGGUCGUGGCCCUGCUAAGCUCCGCCCCCGUGCUGGUGCUGGUGGGGGUGGAGAGUGUUGAGGGCGGAGAACCCGAGUGCCGCAUUACCCAGUUCGCCCAGGACUCGGGCCUGAUGACCGCCAUGCUGUGGCUGUGUAACCUGUACUUCAUCAUCCCCCUCACCCUCCUCUCACUGCUGUACGGCCUGAUCGCCCGCACACUGCGCCAGCGCGCACACGCACACCGAGACCACACCCACCGACAGACCCUCAGGAUGAUGGUGGUGAUAGUGUUGGUGUUUGUUCUAUGCUGGUUGCCGUUCCAUGUGGGCCGGACGCUGUUCUCGCUGACCCCUGACCCCAGCGCUGCUCUGUAUUAUAUCAGUCAGUACUUCAACCUCGUCUCCUUCGUCCUCUUCUACCUGAGCGCUGCUAUCAAUCCGCUGCUCUACAAUGUCCUGUCUGCGCGCUACCGUGCCAACGUCCGCAGCAUGCUACAUCUCCCACCAGGCCCCGCUGCGGAGCUGCGCCACAGGUCUCACCCUUCCCUUUCCAGCACACAUUUUUAACCUGGGCCUGAUCGUGGAGAUGCAUCACAGGGCUCACAUGGCUCGCAGGUCCUUCUC